ACGCCUCGCGUUUGCGUUCGCGCCCAGGCCGCGGGAGCUGAGGUUGUACCUGAGAGGGGACGACAGCGGUGUCCCCUCGGAGGCCUGGCGCCCGGCAGGCUCCGUGCGUCCGGUCCCGGCCCGGAGCUGUCCUGCGCGUCCGAGCCGCCGUCAUGGAUCUGCAUCUGCACCGCGCGGAUUAUUUACAGGUGGGAGUCACCUCGCAGAAGACCAUGAAGCUGCUCCCUGCCGCCCGGCCCAGUGCCACGCAGAAGGUGGUUAUUGGAGACCACGAUGGGGUGGUGGUGUGCUUCGGCAUGAAGAAAGGAGAAGCAGUGGCGGUGUUCAAGACCCUGCGCGGGCGGCCGGUCGCCAGACUGGAGCUGGGGGGCGUUCUCAGCGCACCCCGGGAGAAGAUUUUUGUUGCCACGGGGUCUGAGAUCCGGGGCUUCACAAAAAGAGGGAAACAGUUCCUCUCUUUUGAAACGAACCUCACCGAAAGCAUUAAAGCUAUGCACGUAUCUGGCUCGGACCUCUUCCUCGGCGCGGGCUACAUCUACAGCCACUACUGCGACUGCAAAGACCAGCACUACUACCUCUCCGGGGACAAGAUCAGCGACGUCGUCUGCCUGCCGGUGGAAAGGCUGGCCCGCGCGACGCCCGUCCUGGCCUGCCAGGACCGGCUGCUCCGAGUUUUGCAGGGGUCUGAUGUGCUCUAUGAAGUCGAAGUUCCCGGCCCACCUGCUGUCCUAGCCCUGCACCAAGGAGAUGGCGGUGACUCUGGAGAGGACCUCCUGUUUGGGACGUCGGACGGGAGACUGGGGCUCACGCAAAUCACCGCGUCCAAGCCAGUGCACAAGUGGGAGGUUCGGAACGAGAAGAAGAGGGGAGGUGUUUUGUGUGUCGACAGCUUCGACAUUGUGGGUGACGGGGUGAAAGACUUGCUGGUCGGGAGGGACGACGGCAUGGUGGAAGUGUACGCUUUGGAUGGUGCGAACCAGCCUGUGCUCCGCUUUGAGCAAGCGCUGUCUGAGAGUGUCACCUCUAUCCAGGGUGGCUGCGUGGGGAAAGAUGGCUAUGACGAAAUCGUCGUCUCCACGUAUUCAGGCUGGGUGUCGGGCCUGACCACGGAGCCAGCGCACGGGGAGAGCGGGCCCGCCGAGGAGCUCCGACUCAGCCGGGACACGCAGAGUAAAAUCUCCUCCUUACGGAGUGAGCUGGAGCACCUGCAGCUGAAGGUGCUGCAGGAGCGGGACAGGUACCAGCAGUCCUCGCAGUGCGGCAGAGCGAAGUCGGCAGCGCCCUCAUUCAGCAUAAACGACAAGUUCACCUUGAAUAAAGACGAUGCCAGCUACAGCCUCAUGUUGGAGGUGCAGACAGCGAUAGACAACGUCUUGAUACAGAGUGACGUUCCCAUCGAUUUACUGGACGUGGAUAAAAACUCAGCCGUCGUCAGCUUCAGCAGCUGUGAUUCGGAGUCCAACGACAACUUUCUUCUCGCCACGUAUCGGUGCCAGGCAAACACCACAAGGCUGGAGCUCAAGGUUCGCUCCAUCGAAGGCCAGUAUGGCACCCUUCAAGCCUACGUGACUCCAAGAAUUCAACCCAAAACCUGCCAGGUCCGCCAGUACCUCAUCAGGCCCCUGUCGCUCCACCAGAGAACCCACUGCAUUGACCGUGACAGGCCCGUGAACACGCUGACUCUAACGGGCCCGUUCAGUUUUGCCGAAGUUCACUCCUGGGUGGCGUUCUGCCUCCCUGAAGUUCCCGAAAAACCUCCGGCGGGCGAAGGCGUGACGUUUUACUUCCAGAACACCUUCCUGGACACGCAGCUGGAGAGCACCUACAGAAAAGGAGAAGGAGUUUUUAAAUCUGACAACAUUUCUACUAUAUCCAUCCUAAAAGAUGUGCUCUCUAAAGAAGCUACAAAAAAGAAAAUUAACCUCAACAUAUCAUACGAGAUAAAUGAAGUAUCAGUCAAACAUACCUUAGAGCUAAUCCACCCAAAGCUGGAGUACCAGUUGCUUUUGGCUAAGAAAGUGCAGUUAAUCGAUGCUUUAAAAGAACUGCAGGUUCAUGAAGGAAAUGCAAACUUUCUGAUACCAGAAUACCGCCGUAUUCUAGAAGAGGCGGAUCACCUACAGGAAGAAUACAAAAAGCAGCCUGCACACCUUGAAAGACUCUAUGGCAUGAUCACCGAUCUUUUUAUAGAUAAGUUCAAGUUCAAAGGUACCAAUGUAAAAACCAAAGUACCUCUUUUGUUGGAGAUUCUGGACAGUUAUGACCAAAGUGCACUGAUUGCUUUCUUCGAUGCCGCAUGAACAUAUAAGCAAGGUAACGUUCCAGAGAAAUGUCUGUUUAAAUGAAAUGUUAAAACAACAUUACAGGCUAAGUGCACAUGUAGUUUUACUUCAAGUACUUUUAAAUAUUAUCUAAAAAUAUUUGAUACGACUUUUUAAUGUUUCUGUUUCCUUUAAUGAAUGCAACCAUUUAAAAAUAAAUAGCAUUUUUAUUUUAAAAGUACAAGUGGAAUUAUU